UGCAAACGAGCUGCCGCCAUUUUGUGUGGAUGAGUUUCAUUUUACAGCGCAACUAUAGGACGGAGAACCUCAGGAAACAAUUCUACCUAUCUCUCGAAAACUGUUAAUUGGGAAUUGACUACUAUGAACUGAAACUCUUCCUAAAAUCAAUUAUCAAGUAGAUCCAAGUCAAGUGACGCAUAAGCCAGUAGAUUCCAGUCUCGAUUUAUGAUUUUUUUGCACUUAAAUGUAGCUUGAGGAAAUGGCUGUGGAAAGCAUGACUGUCCAUCCAAACUCCCCAACAACCAACCACGAUCACAUCAACAGCCUUCUCACUGACGAAAGGCAUGAGGAUGAGGAGCUGGAGGAGGGCGAGCUGGAAGAUGACGGGGGCGAGGCGGAGGCCGCCGGCGGAGGGGGCGAGGCCCCGGAGAAGCCCCGGCGGAGUAAGGAGCGCCACGCCAGCGGCUCGGACGACGACAAGGCCCACCGCCGCAAACGGAAGAGGAGGAAAGAGCGAGAGCGGGAGAAGGAGAAAAGGAGGGCCAAGAAGAGGCGCAAAUCCAAGCACAAACGUCACGCCUCCUCCAGCGAUGACCACUCGGACUUUUCAGACGAUUCGGAUUACAGCCCCAGUGAGAAGAGGAAGUAUCGGGAGUACAGCCCUCAGUACCCCCCUCCUUCCCACGGGGGCUACCCCCCUCCCCCUCCUCACGGUGGGCCCGUGCCCAAGAAGGGGGGCUACAUGAAGUUGGACAAGCAGGGCUACGGGGGCUACGACGACUACGAGGAGGAAACCUACGAGGCGGAGGAGGACGAGGACAUGGGCGAGGAAGACUAUGACGACUUCGCCAAGGAGCUAAACCAGUACCGCAAGGCCAAAGAAGGCGGCGGUGGUGGAGGUGGUGGUGGUGGCGGCGGCGGCGGCGGCGGCGGCGGCGGCGGAGGUGGUGGCGGUAACAACAACCGGGGUGGCAGAGGCAUCAACCGCGGGGCCAGAGGAGGAAAAGGGCGCCUCAAGAACCAGCGAGGGCGUGGCAGAGGAAUGAGGGGCCGUGGGGGGAGGGGGGGUGGAGGGAGAGGCCGGGGGCGGGGCAAGAUGGUUGGGGAAAAUGACGACGGGGAUGGGAUGAUGUAUGGAGAUGAAAUGGAGUACAUGGAUGAUGAUUACGACAAUAUGGGUGAUGACGACUACGAUGACUAUUCCAAAGAGCUGAACCAGUACAGGAAGUCCAAGGACCGCGGUCGAGGUGGCAAAGGAGGUCGAGGGCGUGGCAGGGGGAAGGGCGGCAGGGGCAUGGGUCGCGGCCGGGGGAGGAACAGGGGCCGGGGCCGGGGUGGAGACCAAGGCCACGACGAGGACAACAAUGGUGACAUGGACAUGGGGGAUGGGGGCGGCGGCCGGGGGCGAAACGACCAGGACAAGCACGGACAGGACAAGAAAGGGAAGGCCAUCUGCAAGUACUACAUCGAGGGCCGCUGCACCUGGGGGGAGCACUGCAACUUCAGCCACGACAUCGAGCUCCCGAAGAAGAAGGAGCUGUGCAAGUUCUACAUCACGGGCUUCUGCGCGCGGGCGGAGAACUGCCCCUACAUGCACGGCGACUUUCCCUGCAAGCUGUUCCACACGACGGGCAGCUGCGUGAACGGGGACGAGUGCAUGUUCUCCCACGAGGCGCUGACGGACGACACCCAGGACCUGCUGGACAAGAUGUUGGCGGAAGACGCGGAGGCGGGUGCUGAGGAUGAGAAGGAGGUGGAGGAGCUGAAGAAGCAGGGGAUCAACCCUCUGCCAAAACCCCCGCCCGGCGUAGGCCUCCUGCCGACCCCGCCCCGGCCCGGCCCCGCCGACACUUCCGCCCCCCAGGAUUUUGGGCCCCCUGGCCCCCCGCCCGGCCCUAUGGCCCCGCCGGGUCCCUCCGGCCCCUGUCCCGGCCCCCCCCCUCCCUGCCCGGACGGAGGCCCCUUCCUGGGCCCGCCCAACCCCAACGGCCCUCCCCCGCCCCCCAUGGGCCCCCCGCCCCCCUGUCCCGGGAAUGCGGGGAAGAAGAUCCCCUCGCUGUUCGAGAUCGUGGUGCAGCCUACGGGACAGCUUGCUCAGAAGCUGGGCGUCAGGGGGCCAGUGCCUGGUGCCCCGCCCGGUCCUCCUGGGCCCCCCGGACCCCCCGGACCCCCCGGUCCCCCGGGCGGGCCCCCUCCUCGGUUCCCCGGCCCCCCUCCGCCAGGACACAUGGGCCCCGCACCCCCCGGCAUGAUGCCCCCCGACAUGCCUCCCAUGGGCCCCCCUGGCAUGAACCAAGGGCCUCCGCCCAUGAUGCCAGGCUUCGUACCCGGAGAGGGGCCCCCGCAUCCGGGUAUGAUGCCCCCCGGGCCCCCACCCCCUGGGGGCAACUACUUCGACAACUUCUACCACCAGCAGCAGGGCCUGGAGAUGGAAGGGGAAGGGGAGCAGGGAGAGGAGUACCAGGACUACAGCGGCAUGGAGGAGGGCGAGGGCGGGACCUUCAGCGAGCAGGCCUCCGCCGGGGGCGGCCCGGGCGCCAUGAUGGGAGCCGAGGGCGCGGCCAGCGGCGGCUCGUCCAAUCAGCAGCCCGGGCUGACGGUGCCGGACUUCCUGCCCCCGGCCCAGCGCGUGCUGUUCAUGCGCAUCCAGCAGAAGCAGCAGGAGGAGGAGGAGCGCGCGCGGAGGCUGGCUGAGGGCGGGGCCGAGCGCGACACGGAAGGUGACUCGGCGAACUGGUAUUCCAGUGAGGAUGAGGAUGGUGGCGGCAGCGUCACGUCAAUCCUGAAGACCCUCCGGCAGCAGACGCAGGGCCCAGCCAAGCCGGAGGGCGGCCCCAGCGACCCCCGCCUGCAGAAGGCCACGCCCCUGCAGCCCGCAGCCCGCCCAGCGGACCCCCGCCUCGCCCGCGACCCCCGCCUCUCACGGGCCGCGGACUCCGCCCUGUCCGCCGAGGGCAGCCCGUCCGCCGCCUCGCCCUCCUCCUCCUCCUCCUCCUCCGCGUCCAGCGCCCCCGCCGACCCCCGCCUGGCCCGCCACGCCGCCUCCGCCGCCGCCCUGCCCCCCAAGCCCGACGCGCCCCACAAGCCCCCGGCCUCGGGCCCCGGGGAGGAGGAGGAGGCGGAGCGGGUCCUGCGGGACAAGCCGGUGCCCAUCCCGCUGGACCCGCUGAUGGGCAUGACCCUGCGCGACCCGCGCUCCCAGCUGCAGCAGUUCAGCCACAUCAAGAAGGACAUCAUCCUGCACAAGCCCCACUUCUCCAAGGCCGUGCUGUGGAACCCCGAGGACCUGAUCCCCCUGCCCCUCCCCAAGCAGGACUUCCUGCCCCUCCCCCCCGGCAUCCCCCCCGUGGCGUCGCUCGACCCCCGGCUCACGCGCGCCCAGCAGCUCAUGCACACCGCGCCCCCCCAGGCCGCCCCGGCCCCGCCCGCCGACCCCCCCGCCAGCUCCCUCCCGGACUUCGAGCUGCUGUCCCGCAUCCUCAAGACGGUCAACGCCUCCGGCCCCGGCUCCGCCCCCACCCCGGCCCCGCCCUCGGCGCUCCCGGGGGCGGCCCCGGCGGUGCCCGUGGAGAAGCCGGUGGACCCCCGCAUGGCGCGCAAGGUGGCCGCAGACCCGCGGCUCCAGCCCCAAAAAUCGGCCCUCAAGCAGCCCUCGGAGCCCCCCGCCCCCCAGGCCUCCGCCUCCCCGGCCCCCGCGCCCCCCCCCUCCCCCACGCCCACCAUCGCGCCCUACGACCCGCGGCUGCUGUCCUCGGGCGGGGCCGGGCGGGGCGUGGGCGGGGCGGGCGGGGGCCAGAGCAGCGUGCUGAGCGGGAUCAGCCUGUACGACCCGCGGACUCAGAGCGCGGGCAAGGCCGAGGGCCCCGCCCCCUCCGCCAGCACGCCGGCCGCCGAGCCGGCCAAGCCCAAGGCCAAGGAGCCGCUGUUCGUGCGCAAGUCUGCGCUGGACCAGCCCGAGGCGGAGAAGGGCGCGGCCGGCGGCGAGCCCGCCACGGACCGCUACAACAGCUACAACCGGCCCCGGCCCAAACCCGCCCCCUCGCCCUCCGGGGGGGUGGGAGCGGGCGGAGCCGCCGCCGCCGCCGCCGCCUCCUCGUCCUCCUCCUCGGGCGGGCCGGGCGGGGCGGGCCCCUCGGAGCAGCCGCCCGCCCCCGCCGUGCACAACCUGCCCGUGUCCACCCUGUUCAGCAUGGUGAAGCAGGCCAGCAAGCCCAGCGGCCCCGGCAGCCCCGCCCAGCCCGACAGCGCCGAGCAGGACGCCGCCUCCCUCAAGGACGUCUUCAAGGGCUUCGACCCCACGGCCUCGCCCUUCUGCCAGUGAGCUCCGCCCCCUCCCUUUUUAAAAGCGACAGAGCGCCGGGGCGGGGGGCUCGUGCUCGUGACACAGACGCUAGCUCACGCGGGCGCGCCCCGUCCCGCCCCCCCCUGCACUCGCCGCAGUGUCGGAAACUUCUAGAACAGACUUAAGGGCGGGUGGGGUGGGGGUUAUGGAUGUGAAAAAGAGAGAAAAACAAAACUUCUAUUUUAAAACAAACUAGAAAAGCAUAUAAGUAAAUGUAUUCCCUUUACACGAGUCCCUCCCUGCUUUGCGAGGGAAAAAAAGAAUGAAAUGUGUACGUGUACGCGAGUUAAGAUUCUGAGAGGCCUUGUGUUUCCCCAGCGGCAGUGACGUCAGUGCUAAUUUAAGGCCGUUCUGCGACCCUCCCCCUCAGUCCUGACGGGGGGGCUGUUUGUCUUGCUGAGCUAUGGCUUCCGGGCGCGCGUUUCGCGGCUCGUCCCGUCCUGCCGAGAAGGGGGGGGGGGGCGGUGGGGGGACACCGAGGAAAAAGCUUGGCGCCCCGCGUCCCCCCCCAGUUCAUCCGCUAGCCGCUAGCGCUCGCCACUUUCCUUUUGCUUCAUUUCACGUUUUCCUCCGUCUCCCUCUGCCCUCGACGGCUUGGCCCUGGUGUGGACUGUCCGUGGUCGCAUCGCUUUUUUUAAAGUCUUUUAGCUCUGUGUUGCAGCACACCAGCAUUAGCCUUGCCUGUUUGCUUGUAUGUUCUUUUUUUGGCUUGGGGGGGAGCGGGGGUUAAUGAGGUCAGACCUGACUUACCGCCCCCCCUUCUAGGGAAAGAAGAAACUGUACUGUAUCCACUCCUGUUUGCCUCUGACUUUUUUCACAUGUAAUAGGAUUAUUAUUUAUUUUUUUAUACUUAACAAAAUCGGCUACUUCUAUCAUUGGACAUUUUGACCCGAUCGGUUUUAUUUGUUUUGUUUUUUUUUUCCCCUUUGUUCUUCAACUGCGUUCUCAUAUUGGGAUAAAAAUGUGUGAAAUGGAAUACUGGUGGAAGGGGGGGGGGGGGCGGAUAAUAUUUGACAGAAUUUUUUAAAACAAAAAAAAAACAAAAAAAAAAAAAAAACGAACUGCACUUUUCCGUUGGGUCCGGACGCGGAAACUCGUACCAGCGCAUAGUUAUGUUUUUUUUCUUUUCCUUGUGCUGAAAAUGGCCAGCUUUGUAAAUCUGAAGUCCUCGUUUGAAAUAAAGGAGGCGGCGUUUUUUGUAAGCCUUCAAUGUCGGUGACGUUUGUGAAGUAAUUAAUAAAGAUGAAACGGGCCGAACUUCAGAGCGAGCGGUCAGGGUGAAAGUCCAGCGUCGUUCUGCUCCAGUGUGCAGCCUCACGGACAGGAUGGUUCAGCGCCACCCCCCCCCCCCCCCACACUGCUGAACUGUGCCCCUGUCCCACUCGACCAGUCUUCAUGUGUCCCCCUCUACCUGAAUUCAGGAUGCUACGUCAACGAUGUCCAGCAAGCUCAUCUCUCCAGAGACUUUCCCUCAAAGAUUUCUGAGACACUUUCCAGUUUCACAGGUGUAAAGUUAACUCGCCAGAUCUGGAGACGGUGAAGCAGAUGUUUUUAAAUAUUAUUCUUGUACAUUGAAUUGAUAUUAAAGGUAAAAAAGUACAACUGUGCCCUUUCCUGACCCAUGUUAUUAAUAAGCAGUUUAUGUUUUUCCUGUACUGUUGGGGGAUUGGACGGAUCGAAACAAUGGCUCACGGGCCGGUGCAAGGAAGCAUUGCAGUGCACACGCUGAUGCAGUGUAAGGAGGCUGUUCAUCACUUUGAUUCUCAUUGAAGGGGGAUGGAGAUGGGCUCGUGCCCAGUUACAUAUUUUUAGUUUGCAGCCACAGGAACAAACCCUGCUCUUGGGCAUUGUAUUGUAGAUGGUGCCUGGACCAGUGUAGGGAGGGGCUGUUAUUUUGGGCCCCGUUAAAGCAAAGCACAUGAAAAUCCUGGUGACCUCCCUGGCAGAAGCUCUGCUUUUAAAAAAAAUAUUUUUGUACAGUUCUAAUUUUGAGUAGAAUAUAAAACCUGGCCCUGUCCACAGAAACCAUCGUUGAUGUGUUUGUUUUUUGUAUAGUGUGCAAUAUAAACUUGCGUGUACUAUUUUUGUAAGUAAACUCUUGUCACACGGUUUUGUUUUGUGUUUUAAAAAUGUAUUUUUACAACGUUACUGAAUUGUGGGUUGGAUAUAUUGGGAAGCCUGAGAACUGAACAACAUAACUGCUCACAUAAUCCCACUUAAGCGAACACAAGAGGUGAUUUUAAAUGGUGUAUAUUUAUUAAAAGAAAAGCUGCAUCAUUA